CUCCUGGACUUAGCCUAAGCCUCACCCGGGAGAGGAGUGUCUUCUGUCUGUUCUUGGAGCUGCUUUCUGUCACUUCCCCGCCCAUCUGUGCUGUCAGCAGCACCGGCAAAGUUGGCCUCAAACUUGAACGGAGCUGAAGGCUCCAGCUUUCCGAAGCUCCGCGGGGGGCAUCAGGCAGGCCUCAGCCUCUGAACUCUGGCUGGCCCAGAGAAGUCGACCCCCGCCCCCCGCCAGGCUCCCGCUGGCCCUUGCUCCUGUGGGCGACCUUUCUGCCCCUGACCCGUGGGCCCCCAGUCUGGGCUGAGGAAUGGUGUGCUGAGGUCCCCCUGGAACUGAUCGUCUCAGUCUGGAGCUGGAGCAACCCAAGGCCCGAGCCGACAUGGCCAAUCCUGCGCAGCCUCAGUUUCCCCCAGCCCGGGAGCCAGGCACUGCCUCACCCACAGACCUGCCGGAGAUGGAGAAACUCCUCACUAAGGUGGAAGGCAAGCACGACAAGCCACUGAAGCUGUCCAAGUCCCUCUCGGGGGCCUUGGACCUGGAGCAGAAUGGCCAUGGCCUGCCCUUCAAGGUGGUGUCCGAGGGGCACCAGGAAGCCGCACUCCCCUGGUCACCCUCUCGAGCCAGCUCUAGGCGGGCAUCCUCCGUUGUCACCACCUCCUCUGCCCAGGACCAAGAAGUCCCCAGAGAUUACCUCAUCCUUGCCAUCACCUCCUGCUUCUGCCCCGUCUGGCCCCUCAACCUCAUCCCCCUCAUCUUUUCUAUCAUGUCUCGAAGUAGUGUGCAACAGGGGGACCUGGAUGGGGCCCGGAGGCUGGGCCGCCUGGCCCGGCUGCUCAGCAUCACCUUCAUCAUCAUGGGAAUCAUCAUCAUCAUUGUGGCCGUGACCGUCAAUUUCGCAGUUCAGAAGAAAUAGAACUAACCAGGGCGCUGUGCUAGCAGGGACGGCCCCCGCCGGCUAGAGGCCUCCACACACCCCCACCACCGCAGGAGAGCAGGACCACGGCUGCCAAGCGCCCACUCUUCCCUGAGCUCCCAAAGCACGGACUUGGAGUCAAGCCCCUAAGUCUCCCCACUGUCAGCCCACAUCAGAUGUGAAAAGCAAGAAGAAGAAAGGAAAUUAAAUUUCCUGUGAAACUGACGAAUAAUGAGGUUUAGUCUCAUGGACACAGCCUGGUAUUUGCCCUCAGUGUUCUGGCUUGUUUCUCGGCCCCACCAUUUCCUGGGAUCUAGCAAGCAGCAUAUUCUGCGUGUUGGAGGAGGAGCCAGUCCCACAAAUGAGAUGGACUGUGGUUGGGAGAGAAGCAGCGCAUUCCCUGCACGUCUGAUGACCGAGAGCCAAGACGUGGGACUUUCUCUUUUGUAUUUUUUGGUGGGGGGGGGG